AUGCCUAGAAUUCGGGUAAUCGGAUUUCGCAGCUCUACGAGAUCGUCGUCUUCGUCGUCGUCUGUGGGCGAGAUGGUGGAUCUGGAUCUAAUCGGAGGAGGAGAGAACCCUGUCGAGGCGAAGGAGUCAUCAUGCCUAGAGUUCGGGAAAUCGGAUUUCGCAGCUCUACGAGAUCGUCAGUCGUCUGUGGGCGAGAUGGUGGAUCUGGAUCUAAUCGGAGGAGGAGAGAACCCUGUCGAGGCGAAGGAGUCAUCCCCGGAGCUAUUACACAGUUCGAAUUGGUGGCGACUCCGUAAACCGGAGAAACAUCGACGCCUGAUGUUGAGCUGA